AUGAGUGUUAGGUACACUUAUGAUCAACUUAUUGACAGCUAUUUCAGAUCAAUUAAUAAUCGUAUGAGUAAGUUUUCAGCGGAAAAAUGCAUCGAAUUUGUGAAACAGAAUAAACCAAAUUACAACGAAGAGCAAUUCAUGAAAAAACUCGCAAUAAAGCUCCUAGAAUUAGAUGACUUGAUACAGGAUUAUGAUUCCACAGAUCUGGAUGAUGAAGAAGAGGAAAAAUCAAAAUAG